AUGGCCUUCCUCCGCCGCUCCGCCACCACCGCCGUCCUCUUCGCUCUUCACCUCCUCCUCGUCACCGCCUCCGUCGCGUCCUCGCCGUCAUCCCUGCCGGAGCAGCAGCAGGACGACAUGCCGGCGCUGCUCCACCUCAAGCGCGCCCUCACCUCCGGCGCCGGCGACGCUCUCCGCCAGUGGUCGCCGGAGUCUGGCGCCCACCACUGCUCCUGGCCGGGGGUCACCUGCGACGCGCGGUCCGGCCGCGUCGUGGCCCUCGCGCUCGGCGGCCGCCUCGGCGGGGAGCUGUCCCCGGCGGUCGCUCGCCUCACCGAGCUCAAAGCGCUCUCCUUUCCCUCGGCGGGGCUCCGCGGCGAGAUUCCUCCGCACCUCUGGCGGCUGCGGCGCCUCCAGGUGCUCAACCUCGCCGGCAACUCCCUCCGUGGCCGCCUGCCGGCCACCUUCCCGGAAGGGCUGAAAAGCUUGGACCUUUCCGGGAACCGGCUGAGCGGGUCAAUCCCGCCGGCGCUGGGGAGCUGCGCGGCUCUCCGGCGCCUGCGGCUGUCCUCCAAUUCCUUGGACGGCACCAUCCCGCCGCGGAUUGGGGAGCUCGCGCGUCUCCGGGUUCUGGACCUGUCCAGGAACAGGCUCACCGGCGGCGUGCCGCCGGAGCUCCUCCACUGCACGGGCCUCGUCCGGAUGGAUCUCAGCGGGAACUUGCUCCACGGCCGGCUGCCCUCAGGCCUCGUGGAGCUCAAGAGCCUAAAAUUUCUCUCGUUAUCCGGCAACAAUUUCAGCGGCGAGGUUCCUGUUGAUCUGAGGAACAACAAACUAUCUGAGGAAGAGACAACUGCUGCAGCUGUUAAUGCUGUUGAUGCCGUCUCACCAGUUCAUGUAGUUACUGCACAUUCAGUUACUGGUGAACUGCUUCCUGUUUCUCCUAUACCAACAAUUAUCCGUCAGCUGACUGAGAUAAGGCUGGGCACUUCUAAUGGCAGCACCAGCAGCAGUGGCAGCAAUGGACAAGGGAAGUCAAGGUUUUCGCCGAUGUUGAAAUUGGAGCCCCCCCUGACAUAUGAGGCUGUUGUCCACGCCACUGGGAAUUUCAAUGCUAGCAACUGCAUUGGCAACGGCGGCUUUGGCCCGACAUACAGAGCCGAGGUGGCACCUGGAGUUCUUGUGGCAAUAAAGAAGCUUGCUAUUGGGAAGCAGCAUGGCGACAAGGAGUUCCAAGCAGAAGUGAGGAUCCUCGGGCAAUGCCGUCAUCCUCAUCUUGUCACUCUCUUGGGGUACAACAUCAGCGAGUCGGAGAUGUUUCUGAUAUACAACUAUCUGCCAGGUGGCAACCUGGAAAGGUUCAUACAGGAGAGGGGUAAGAGGCCAAUCAGCUGGAGAAGGCUUCACAAGAUUGCUCUGGAUGUUGCUCGUGCGCUUGCGUACAUGCAUGAUGAAUGCGUCCCCCGCAUUCUGCACCGGGAUGUCAAGCCAAACAACAUAUUGCUCGACAAUGAAUGCAACGCCUACCUUUCUGAUUUUGGAUUGGCGAGCUACGGAGUUGUGCUGCUGGAGCUGAUUUCAGACAAGAAAGCACUGGACCCAUCAUUUUCGCCAUAUGGAAAUGGUUUCAACAUUGUCAGCUGGGCCGUGAGGCUUAUCCAGAGAGGCAGGGUUCGCGAGUUCUUCAUCGAAGGCUUGUGGGAGAAGGCCCCACAUGAUGAUCUGGUUGAGUUCCUGAACCUGGCGGUCCGGUGCACGCAGGAGUCUCUUGCUUCUAGGCCCACAAUGAAGCAUGUUGUUCGACGCCUAAGGGAACUCCGACCGCCUUCUUACUAG